AUGCGCCGACUGUAUGAUGCCACGCGCAACGUUUCCAAGCCCUACCACCGCAUUCGUCUCUCUCCAGAAUGUCAUCUGGACCUUCUUUGGUGGUCUAACCUACUCGAGGGCUGGAAUGGCAAGUCAUUCUUCCUCGAUCUCCAGGAGACGCUAGCCAGCGACAUCCUGCUAGAAACUGACGCAUCUGGCGCCAUUGGGCAUGGCGCAGUUUACUGGUCACCACAACACACUCCGCUCUGCAUUACGUUCAAGGAGCUGUAUCCCAUCUGCUUUGCAUGUGCUACGUGGGGCCACCAGUGGUGUUCCAAGCGUAUCCGCUUCCAUACCGACAACGAAGCUGUCGCCGCUGUUCUCAAGUCUGCACCAGUCGCUGCCCUAAUUUCUUUGCGCUCUGACAAUUUGACGAAUCUCAGUGGCUCAGCAUUUCAGAAUAACAAGCUCGUUACGGAUAUAGAUUUGUACGGUAAUCAACUUGUUCACCUACCUGUCGGGCUGUUCAACGCCACAACCAAAUUAGAAACCCUAAAUUUGAGGUAUAAUCAACUGGUUGACCUGCCUGACGGGCUGUUCAAAGCCACAACUGAAUUACAAACCCUAGAUUUGGACGAUAAUGCAUUUGUUCACCUACCAGUCGGGCUGUUUAAUGCAACAACCAAAUUAGAAAACCUAUAUUUGAGCCGUGUUCAAUUGGAUUACCUACCUGCCGGGCUGUUCGACGCCACAACCAGAAUAAAGGUCAUGUAUUUCCGGGGUAAUAAAUUUGAUCACCUACAUGCCGGGCUGUUCAAAGCGACAACCGAAUUAGAAUCCCUACAUUUCGUGAGUAAUCAACUUGUAGACCUACCUGACGGGCUGUUCAAAGCCACAACCAAAUUACAAAUCCUGUAA